UACAUCUUUUAUUUUUUUUUCAGAUGACUUUUCAUUUUGGUUACGAUGAGGUCAUCCUGUUCGACUUCUGGAAAAUCAGCACCAUUGGGGGUCUGAUUGGCUCGAUGAUCGGCAUCUUUAUCCUCGCUAUGCUGUACGAAGGCCUUAAGUACUUCAGAGAACACCUGUUUCGCCAAGCCAUCGCCUCCAUGCAGUACUGUGCCAAUGUAGACAAAAAUAACAUCACAGAUGAGAACAAGCAGAUGAGGUAUAUGGAGCAGAUAAUAAUGCCCCCAACAAUGAGCAUGCUGAGCAAGGACCAUGUCAUCCAGACGUUAAUGCACAUGCUCCAGAUGAUCGUCAGUUACCUGCUCAUGUUGAUUUUCAUGACUUACAAUGUGUGGCUUUGCUUAGCCUGCGUCUUAGGGGCAGGCCUCGGCUACUUCCUCUUCGGUUGGCGUAAAUCUGUUGUCGUAGACAUCACUGAGCAUUGUCAUUAGGGUUCAGUGUUUGAGCUUGCACUGGGAAGGGAGAAAAGUAGUCCUAGCCUUAUAUAUUGAGUUGUGGAAAUUUUAAUCAGAAAUAUAAGCAUAACUAGAUUCUGCCGGGGAUGGCAUAUAAAUACAUGCCAUGCUCUUGAUGAGUUUAGUGUAUUAAUUAUCUUCACACAGAUGGCUCUACAAGUUCUUGGUCACCAAUUAGCCAAUUACUUGCAUUACCUUCAUCAGUUGAGGUCACAAGGUCUACUAAUUGACUCCCUGGUGGCUGAGCACUUGUGGAGCCAUGUAUGUGCCGAGUCAUUUCACAAAAUACUACAGUCAUCACUACAUUUUCCUGACGGCACUGGGUCAAUAUUGUUAUCAUCAUUCUUAUGAUGCGUUGUGAUUGGGUCUCCCUGUCAUGAGGGAUGCCUCUGAUGCUACAGCAAAGUUGUGCUUACUUUCAAAGGUGCAGUUUUAAGGGGGGAUAUUUUUUCACAUCAACAACUGGUUUUUAAUUCCAAGCUGUUGUAUAUAUUUUAGAGAUAACUUAGUGUUCCUUUUUUCACAAUUUCUCUCUCUCUCACUCUGUGACUUUCUCUCUCUCGCAUUUUUUUCAUUCCAUCUUCUCCUUUUGCAUUUCACCAUUUUUUUUGCUCAUCUCAAACAAGAAAGAAAAUUUUGUCAUAUCUUUCAACACAAAGAUGAAGUUGACUUAUAUUUUCCCCUGAAGAAAACUUCCAUUUUUAUAGAGUUGAAACUUUUAGUAGUAUUUCUAACAUAUACUUUUUUCAUGUUCUGAACAUAUUCUUUUUAAACUUCAAAAUGUAAAGACAGUUAUUUAGAUUCUCUUCUUCUAUGCUGUAGGGAUUAUUUUCAAGUCUACAUUAUUUUAAUAUGUUAUUAUUACCGUUAUAUUGAUUGCUAUAUUUUUUAUCUUCAGUAUUGUUAUUUUUAAACAAGUGUGUACUUACUACUUCAUUCACCUUUCCAAAAAAAAAAAAAAAUCCCUCAUGCCUUAUAGGAAUUAUUGUUAUAUAUAUAUAUAAAAAAAUGUUAUUGAAAGAUUCACAACAUUGUAAAGAAGAAAAACUUUUAUCUCCAUGGUAUUGCCUUCAUAUCAAUGACUGUUUAAGUUGACAUGUACAAGAUUAUGACAAUGAUGAUAAAGGAGUAGAAACAACGGAGACAAUAUUACAUAUUAUCUUCUAAUUAUUUGCAUAUUGUGGCAUUGGUAGUCAGUUAUGUGUUGAUUAUACUUAACAUUUGAUUAUAUUAGAAUAAUAAUUAUUUUGUUUAUAAUUAUUAUUUUAUUUUUUUAUUUAUUUAUUUUUCCAAAAUAUAGCAUUUCAUGGUUUCAUAAUAUACAUACACUUUAGGCAGAUGUCUUGUUGUAUCUGUUCACAAAGUAUGUGUGAUUCACAACUUGUAAAGGUGAAGAUUUUAAUUGUACAAUAUUUUUUGAAAGGUUUUUAUUGUAUGAAUAGUAUAUAUCUACAUAUUUUUUCAGUUGAUUACAAAUGCAAAGGAAAUGCCAAGUUGAAAGAAUGAGAAAAUUAUAUUACAAAAGAAGAAAAGUGAAUUAGCAUUGUGAUUAUUAUAUAUAAAUUAUUAUAACAGUGUUAAUUUGAAGAGAAAAUGGUUGUAAAAAGGCAAUAUAUUCUUUUGACACAUUUCCUUGCAAAAUGGUCUUGUUUCUACAUGAGAGUAAAUUGUUUAGAUGUUAUUUUUGGGUAUAAUUGAUCAUUAAAUCCAAACAGAUUUAUGAAGACCUCAUUAACCCCAGUGGAGUGAUAUUAAUGAAACACUAUAUUUUUGUACAUAUCUUGUGAUUAUGGUGCUGACAGCUGUAUAAGUGGGUAUGAUGUAUACCACUGAAAGUUCUUUAUUACACCAUACACAUUUCUUGGUAGAUUAUGCCUUAAUAUCACGUACACACGCACACAUGCCCCCCCACCCCCUCCCCCCUCCCCACCCACACCCACACCCACACCCACACCCACACCCACACCCACACCCACACCCACACCCACACGCACACGCACACGCACACGCACACGCACACGCACACGCACACGCACACGCACAUACACACACACACACACACACACACACACACACUCUCUGAUCUGCACUGUAUACUCUUUUACUAUUUAUACAUACAUGCUAUUUUUACACACAUGCAUGAUAAAGCUCAUGAGUAAUUCUAUAAAAAAUGGCAUCAUACCCUAUAUACUGACAGAGACAAAGAUCUUGAAUAAGGUUGAGAAACUUAUUUUGAAAAGGACAGUCACUGUGCUACGGAAAGGGUGCAAAAAGGUCCAUAUUGUAAAUUGGAUAGAGAGCUUUCAGGAUAUUGGGAAAGAAAAAGUAGUAAAAACUAGAUACAAUUCUAAAAAUGUGUAAAGGGUAGUUUGUACUGAUUCAGUUUCAUAUAUCAAACAAGAAAUAUUUUAAAGAAGGAAACAGAAAUACUUGGGUUUUAUAGGAGAAUCUUAAGGAAAUAAUUCUGCAAAGCACACUGCACCAGUAGACAUUUUAAGCCAUUGGAAAGUAAUAUAAAAUUGUUUUUGCUGCUCUGUUACUUAGUUCACUUGCUGUUGUAGAUAUUUACUAAAGAGUUACUCAUAUCUCAGAGUAUAUUAUAUCCACUGCAUAGCAUUACCAAUGGCAUCAUUGUAUAUGACUAUUAUAGUAUUAUGAUGCCAUGAUUUGUAAAUAUUCUAAAUGAAGUGUAGAUAUAUUAUAUGCAACUUUUUAUUUGGAGGAUAUUGUAGAAAAUCAUAUUUGCAUAUGCUUUUAUGGUAUGCCUGCUCUUUCACCGAAACAUAGAAAGUUGUUUCAAGCCAAAUGUAUGUGUGGUGGGAUCAAUCCAGGUGUUGUGAAAUGGAAAAAUUAUUCUCUUACAGAUGAAUUUGAAGAGAGCAGUGUGGCAUCGUAGCAAAAUUAAAUUUUCCUGCAUCAGAUUACCCCAUAUUUAGAAUUUUUUCAAUAAACUUGGAGCUGA